CCCAAUAAUUUCUUAGGAAAGAACCUAAACCGUAUCCAUAUUAAUCAGAGUAUCAAACCGUAUAUAGUUUUCACUCGGCUAUUUGUAAACCGAAGAACUUGAAUCAAAUCGAACUGAAAUUCGAAAUUGGCGUUUAUGGCUCAUCAAAAGCUCAAAGGAUAUCAUUUCACAUCCAUCAAAAGCUCAAAAGACGGAUGAUGGGUGCUCUUGAAAAGAAGAAGCUUUUGAUAGAAUCAACCAGGAGCCAAGUCCCUCGUUUUUCUUACAAGUUCGUCUCAAGGGACCAGAGUCUUACCUUCAUCUUUCGCCCCUAAACCAAACACUGUUCAGUUGCCUGCGCCAAAAAGGCGGUGGUGGAUGCUCUGCGUAAAAUCCCUAAGGCUUAUUUGGAAUGGUCAAGAGAGGUUAUGGAUCUUUCCCUUGUCACCAACGGAAAAAUUCUACGAGAAGCAUCCAGCGUUAAAGUUGAAGUGGCAGCAUCCGAUUGGAGAAGGUAUCCGUGUAGGGCAAAAACCUCUUUUCCUCUCUCACAUCUCUCUCUUGUCUCUCCCGUGUCUCUCUUGACGGCGAUAGAGAACGACAUCCAAAUUCAAGCGUCUCUGGUUUCGAUCAGUGGGGAGCGAUCUUUUCUCGUCUCUCACGACUCUCUUCUGUUCUCUCCCGAGCCUCUGUCGAAGGCGAUAAGUAACCGACAUCUUCUUUCAAGCCUCUCCGCCGAUUUGAAAAAGGUUAAGGAAGAUAUGGGACUGGAUUACAGCUAUACGCAGCCGUCGCUAUCGGAGGAGUAUGGUGACAACUCAGCCGACAGUGGCUACAGCCAAAUGGAGGCUGAUAUACUGCUGGACCAAACUGAGAUUGAAGCCGCGCGGCGUCAGUACCCUCCGCAGCCUGAAGUUGAGUUUGGCUUCCCCAAGGAAUGCUACUGUGGUGGCGAACCGCUUGUAGCCACAUCUUACACAAGAAAUGACCCUGGGAGAAGAUACUACACCUGUGAGAACAUCGACGACGGAGACUGCCAUGUUUGGAAAUGGUGGGAUGUGGCGGCUACCGAGGAGAUCAGAGCCCUAUCGAGACAUUGCGGCCAGCUCUCGGAUAAGGUUGAUUAUCUAACGUGUGUGAGUGACUACGACACGCAGCUUAACCAGGUAAAGGAAUUGCAUUACGAGGCAGAGCAGAAGUUGGUUAGCCUUGAGAGAAUUGUGUGUAACUUAGCUAAAAAAAAUUUUAGGUUUGGGAAUGGCUUUCAACUCGUUGUAGGUUUUAUGGUUGUUGUGUUAGGGAUAAUAGCCAUGGUCCUCUUGAUUAAGUAACUGCAGCUCGUUUCCUCGUUGCUCAUAUGCAGUUGUUGUAGGUUUGAACUCUUGGCUUUGAACUUGUAUGCAGUUGAUAGCCAUGGUCCUCUUGUAUGAACUCGUUGAACUUGUAUUUUGUAUGCUCUUUUGUAUGAACUCGUUGAACUAGUAUUUUGUAUGCUCGGCUCUUUUGUA